GGGGUUUGAGAGCCGCUGCAGCCAUAAAGGAGGCUCCACACACUCAGCCGUCUGGAAGGCAUUAGACAUCAGCGGCACAGACUCUCUGGCCACUUCUCUGCGCUCUGCGUAACCUGGAUGCUUGGGGAAACUACAGAAAAAAACGUACCUACUACAUGCCUUGAAGUACAAGUGAUCUGACGCAUAAAUGGAUGUCAGAGUCAUUACUGGAACUUUUUUUUCUCAAAAGUUGGUGUUUUAAUUUUCAGAUACUUUUCCAAAAUGAAUGAAACUGUCUGAAGUUGAUGGAGAGAAACAUUUAUAUUUUUUGCAUAAUCUAUUUUUUAUUUAUACUUUUUUUUUUUAAUGAUGCCAAAGUUGACUGACAUGUUUGUUUACCUAAGAUGCUUGCGGUGCACAUGAAAUCACUGCAGACAGACUUUACAAAUCUAGAGAAGACAAGCACCCAGCUGAGCAAAUUGAGGAACGUGUGUCUAUUUUUAUUUUUCUCAUUAACACGGAUCAGUUUCAGUGGAUUCAUGAGCGUCUUUGCUAAAGAAGUGUCUGUUGAAACUUUGUCGAGACUUUUGGUCCCUGUGGAGCGGUGCCAGAGCUGCCGGAGCUGACCGCAUCCUUUCUCAAGGACGAACGACAGGACGACAGCUGCUUCAAGAUGAAGUGCCAGAGAAUCCUAACCUACCUGCGGAUAUUUGGAACCACCAUGUUUGGCGUGUCCCUGCUGGUGGGAAUCUCCACGGCCUACAUCAUGGGCUACCAGUUCUUCACUACGGCUCGUAAUCACCUAUCCUUCGGCCUUUACGGCGCCAUCUUAGUCAUCCAUCUCAUCAUUCAGAGCCUCUUCGCGCUCUUAGAACACCGAAACAUGCGGCGGUCUUUAGAGACGCCCAUCAAACUCAACAAAUCCUUGGCAUUGUGCAUUGCAGCGUAUCAAGAGGACCCAAACUACCUGAGGAAAUGCCUGGUGUCUGUGAGGAGGCUGUCGUACCCAGGGAUCAAAGUGAUCAUGGUCAUCGACGGGAACGCUGAAGAUGACUUGUACAUGAUGGAUAUUUUUAAAGAGAUCAUGGGAUGGGAUAAAUCAGCAACGUAUGUGUGGCGGAGUAACUAUCACCACAGAGGGCCCGAGGAGACGGACGAGAGCUAUGCAGAAAGCCUUCAGCAAAUCUCAAAACUGGUGCUGAACAACAAGUGUGUGUGCAUCAUGCAGAAGUGGGGAGGGAAGAGAGAGGUCAUGUACACAGCCUUCAAAGCACUGGGGAGAAGCGUGGACUAUGUGCAGGUGUGUGAUUCAGACACCAUGUUGGACCCAGCAUCAUCUGUGGAGAUGGUGAAGGUGCUUGAAGAAGACCCAAUGGUGGGAGGCGUUGGUGGAGAUGUACAGAUCCUGAACAAAUAUGAGUCAUGGAUCUCCUUCCUGAGCAGUGUUCGGUACUGGAUGGCCUUCAACAUUGAGCGGGCAUGCCAGUCCUACUUUGGUUGCGUGCAGUGCAUCAGCGGGCCAUUAGGAAUGUACCGGAACUCCCUUCUGCAUGAGUUCAUUGAAGCCUGGUACAAUCAGACAUUUAUGGGAUCCCACUGCAGUUUUGGGGAUGACCGCCAUCUCACUAACAGAGUUUUAAGUCUUGGAUAUGCAACCAAAUAUACUGCAAGAUCUAAGUGCCUCACUGAGACGCCGAUCACAUACCUACGGUGGCUCAAUCAACAGACUCGUUGGAGUAAGUCAUACUUCAGAGAAUGGCUUUACAACUCUCUGUGGUUCCACAAACACCAUCUAUGGAUGACUUAUGAGGCUGUGAUCACAGGCUUCUUCCCGUUUUUCCUCAUUGCCACUGCAAUCCAACUCUUCUACCAAGGAAGACUCUGGAAUAUUCUUUUGUUUCUACUCAUAGUGCAGGCAGUGGCACUGAUCAAGUCGGCAUUUGCCAGCUGCCUUAGGGGGAACAUUGUCAUGGUGUUCAUGUCAUUCUACUCUGUACUGUACAUGUCAAGCUUGUUGCCAGCCAAGAUGUUCGCAAUAGCAACAAUAAACAAGUCUGGAUGGGGGACCUCUGGAAGAAAAACAAUAGUGACAAAUUUCAUUGGUCUGGUUCCCAUAUCAGUUUGGUUCACCAUCCUCUUCAUCGGAUUUAUCUACACAACUAUCAUGCAGACUAGAAAACCCUUUCCUGAAUCAGAAAAGAUUGUUCUGGUCAUAGGAGCAGUCGUCUAUGCCAGCUACUGGGUCAUGCUAUUGACGUUGUACACAGUGCUCAUAAAUAAGUGUGGAAAAAGGAAGAAGGAACCACACUAUGAUAUGGUCCUGGAUGUAUGACUUGCAGACUACGGUCAUCAUUCACCACUGAACUUUAUUUUUAGUGUUGUAAUUCACACUAUGUUAUUGUUAUACCAAUGUCAGAUGCAGAGCAGCUCUUGCGGCUUAUUGGUUGAGUUCAACCAAAAUGGAGUUUCUGUCAAACUUGAAUGGUUAAAAAAUUAAAAUGACAGUGGCUGCUUCUUUUUUUUAUCAUUCAUGACCAAUAGAAUUCAUGAUCUUGGAAUGUCAGCAUGCUAACGUAUUAGCUUACCUAGAUUUCUUUAGCUGAAGAUCAGCUACGGUAAUCUAAAAUGCUAAGCUUAAUAACUCAGAAAGGCAGGAUAAAAUAAAUUAUAUUGCAAUUAUCAGAAGAGUGCUAGUCUUUCUAUUAGUAGCUACCUCUUCCCCAUGUCGUUUUCACUGGGCUUCGGUAGAACAUUUGAAGCUGAACCAAAGAAACUGUGGAUUUGCUUCACCAACCAUUUUGGUUGAACUUGACCAGCAAUAAUUUGAACCUUCAGAACAUCAUUGUACCAACAAGACUUAUUUCUACAUACUAACUAGGAAAAUAACUAAAUAUCACAAGAGGGAUAACAAAAACACAGGUACAAAGCUGAAACUGCCAAAUGACUGAACAUCAAUGACUAUGUUCUUAAUUCUAAAUUGUGUUUAGAGAGGCUAACACCAUCACUAUUUAUUUAUUGUAGGCAAAUUAUUAUCUGCAAAAAAGAUCCACAACGGCCAUCUAGAAGUGAAUUGAUGAGCAUGACUUUUAAAAACAAACAAAUAUAAAUCAAUUCAACAAGUUUCUAGUUCUGUGAGAGCUGCAAUGGCAUACCCUUCCAGUGUAUUUAAAUGUCUUUUGGGAAGAGCUACAAUGACGGAGAGUAAAAUGGUGCACAAAGGGCUUUUAAAAUGGAGAGCUGCUCUUUCUUUUGUUGCACUCAUGCCAUAUGGGAAAAGUACUAUCUUGCUGUCUUGACACAUUAUCAAAGAUUUUUGGUAUCAUCUCAAAACUGAUAGAACUCUACAAAUGAAUUGAGUUUAACUGUCUGGACUGAAAGCUUUGCUAGUUACUCCCGUAUGACAUAAAUGCAUAAUCAUUUGAAGUUUACAAAGUGAAUAAUCUCAAACUGAUCACUGAUGAGUACGUGUUAUCUCAACCGGAUAAACAUGUGACCAGAAAAGAGAUGGUGUAUCAUUGCUGCUGUGACUAUUUUAUUUUCUACCAGAUGACAAGUACUUCUUUUUUUAAUAAUAUGAAUAAUGGGUGUAUUUUGAAAAAUAGUUUUAUCUUUAUUAUUUCUUGUGUUUUUCUUUUUACCAAGUUGAAUGAUAACCACCAAGUAGACGUGGUGUUCCAAUCCAAAGAGUUUGUGGUUUUGGCCUUCCAUGUGCCCUUGCUCUUUUCCUUUCUUUGCAUACUGUAAAGAAAGAAAUGGAUGCAUCUCUGUUUCCUUGAGUUUUAACAAAUGGUUAACUGAUAAUAUACCUAAUGGGGAAAAAGUACUACCUGUUAACAGGAUUGUGAAUACGGGCACUUGAUGGAAGGGAACACUGUUUUGGAAAGAAACAAGUCCAGUGUUUGCCAAAGACGACCAGGAGCAGACAUGAGUUUAAUUCUAAUGCACUUUUAUGUUGCUCCAGUCAUCAAGUGUGAUGCUUGACGUAAUCAAGAUGAAAUACCUCAGUGGUUCUCUUUGCAUUGCAUCAAGGCAUCGGGAUGCCAUCCAAAGACUGGCAUUCUGAAAGUCUCAAGUUAUUUAUGAUCUGUUUGUGAUAUUACAUAUAAAGUGUCCUUUUUUAUACGCAGUUCCUUAUUAAGUUCAAAGCUGGAUAUCUCUGCCUUGUCGGCCCUUUGCUGUAGCCGUUUACUUAUUGUUAACUUGUAUUUCAAUGCCUUUUAUAUAGACAUUUUGUUCUAUUUUUGCUUAGCUUCCAAAGAUUCUUUAUUUUUGCUCAUGUUUUUAUAAGAAAAAUGGGAAAAUGUAUUUGUUGUGCUUUCGACUGUUCUGACAAUGACUUGUAUAUCUGACCAAACAAUGUGAAAUUAUGAGCUGGGGGUUUUGUCUGCAAUAACAACAAUAAAAUGCAAUUUGUAGGAAUAAGU